AUGCCCGUCCUCCCCAUCAACGAAAACAUACCACGUGAAAGUGCCGUCUCAGCAUUUCGGAUCUCACCCCCGCCUCUGCUCGUCCAGCAGAACCCCAUCACCACCAUCAGCGCCCCUGGCUGCUCCGUCUUUAUGCUUUUCCAGCCCAUCGCUGAUCGGGGGCAUCAGUUCCACAGGCGUAACUCCCCCGUCACCGCCAGAUGUGCUAAGUCCUCUCCCAAAAUGAACACUGAAGAUCUGUGA